UCCAAACGGAGGCUCUCUCCUCACAUCCGGUUACCUUGACGCAGGUGUGGUAGUUGCGGCUAAAUCUUAAUCUUUGUGUAAUGACUUUUCCUUUAACUAUUGACAGUCAUGACUGAACUGACAGAAAACAGUGUUCUCCGAGGACCCGUGGAGCCGCAGGAGUUCGUUACUGCGGCUGUCAAAGACGAAAUUUUGCUCACAGAAGCCUUUGAAACCACCUUGCAAAUUUCACAGGAUGUGACUGCGGCCUCAGAGGAGACGGACUGCAAACAGAAGCUGGAACAGGAAGAUGGACAGCUGGAUGGACAGACGGUCUCUGAACCUGCAGCUGAAUCGUCCAGUACCGAGUCAAAGUGGGUGGUGGGUGCUCAGUGUCGGGCGGUCUGGUCUGAGGACGGCCGGCUGUAUCCAGCUACGGUGAUGUCUCUGGACGGACAGCGCUGCAGAGUCCGUUUCAGUGGCUACGGUAACGAGGGGGAAGUGGAACUGAGCACGCUCAAAAGCCCAGAAGCUGCUCUGCAAACACAGAAUUCUCAGGAAUGGAAACCCGGUUCUCGGUGUCGGGCCGUGUAUUCAGAGGACGGUCUGGUUUAUCCGGCUGUGAUUCUGUGGGUCAAAGGUCAGCGUUGCCGCGUUCGCUUCGACGACUACAACAAUGAGGAGGAACAGGAAGUCAGCAGCCUGCUGACCCCUGAUGAGCUCCACGGGCCUAGCAGAGCGACUGCAGCCAAAGUAAAGGGCAGCAGCUGGAAGUCCAGUGGAAGCAGCAGUGACUGGAGGAGGAGCAGGAGAGAGGAGAACCAGAGGGAGCGAGGAGGAGAGAGGAGGUCACCAUGGAGAGAUGAUCAGCAGAACUCUUCCUGGCAGGUGAAAGAGAAAUCCAGCAGUCAGAGUAAAGUGGACAAAGACGCAGAAGAGAAGAGCAGAGGAGCAGAGAGACCAACCAAUCAAAGCUUUCCUUACUUCCCUCCGUUCCCUCCUCCUCCUCAGUCGAGCUCGGGGGACCCUGGGUCUUUCAUCCCCCCUCCUCCUCCUCUCUGGAUGUUUGGAGAGAAGGAGUCCAAGAGCUUCAGCGCCACCUCCAGCAUGUUGAUGCUGUGGUACAUGUGUGGCUUCCACACCGGCAGCUACUUGGCUCAGCAGGAGUUCAAGUCGAGCUCCAAACAGUGAGGUGAGGACCCGAACACGCUGAGCACACCUGUACACACUCAGUGAUGUCAUCAUGCUGCAGGUUGUCUGAUCGUCGGUUUGUGGAGUCGGACAGAUGUUUACCAGACAGGAAGACACUAAUGAAAGACACCGGGUCGGUCUGUACUGGCUGUCUUAGUGCAGUCCAGUCUCAGCACAUUCAUUCAGUGUGAUGCAGGACUGACUGACUGACUGACUGACUGACUGACGGACGGACGAGUAAAGAAAUCAGUUGGAAACAGAAGCACAGGAUCAGGAUUGACUGAUAAACGGUGACACAAAUGAGCAUUUUUCUCAGCACAGAAAGGAGUGUGAUGUCUUCAACAUCUGUUCACAGUGUGGACGCUGCUGUCCUCCUUUGUCUUAUUUGUUUUUAGUUUUUUGCUUCAGAGCUGCAGAGGAUCGUGGGACGAGACGCAGCUCGGACGUCUUUCACUCGACGUACACGUGCAUUUGUGUUUCUGUAUUUUUAAAAUCAUUUUAUUUGUUUUUAGUUGAAUGUUUUCAUGCUGGAGUGCUUUGCAGAAACAGCAUGUAGAAACGCUUUGUGUUUAGAUCACAUUCAGAGAAAUGAAGACGUUUGUGUUAAUAUGUUUGAUUCUGUUGAGUUUCAAUGAUGCUCAGUAAAUCACUGAACUGCUGUAAGAAAAUUAAAUGAAAAAAACUGGAGCUUUUUGUUAUUAAAACAAAGAUGGAUGACUUAAAUCUCUUUAUGUUGUCAAUAAAGUUUAAUCAGCCUUUAAAGCUUCA